CCUGUCCGGGAGGGCCCUUGGCCCUCUCCAACCUCAGGAGCAGCCUUUUGAUCAGGGGCUGGGGAGCAGGUCGAGGGCUGUACUUACUCUCCCUGCUUAAUUCGAGGUUUGCUUUUCCUGCGGAUGCUUCCCCGGGCGGGGGGAAGCCCGCCGGGCUCCGCCGACCCUGACUUUCCCGUGGGCGACGCUGCUCCCGCGCCCCUUUCCUCCCCGCUGCCGGUGGCUGCGAGGGGACGGGCGGAGCGGAGGCUCCUCACCCGCGAGGCGGCCGCCCUUCGCGCCGCCGCCGCCGGUUCCCUCCCGCUCCCCCGGGGCCGGGCGGGAGGCGUGGAAGAGCCUCCCGCGCGUGGGGCCGGCCCGCGGAGCCGCCAUAAAGGCGCUGGGCAGGACCGGGCCGGGCCGGGCCGCGCCGCGCCAUGGCCAACCCGUCGCAGUGCCUGGAGGAGGGCGCCGGGCGCUGGCCGCCGCGGCCGCCCGGGCCGUACAGCGAGGCGCAGCGGCUGGCGCUGGAGGAGCUGGUGGCGGGCGGCCCCGAGGCGCUGCGGGCCUUCCUGCGGCGGGAGCAGCUGCCGCCCUUCCUCUCGGAGCCCGAGGUGCAGGCCAUCGCGCGGGGCGCCCUGCCGCCCGCCGCGGCCCCGGAGCCGGCGGGCGAGCCCUCGCCCGGCGCCUCCCUCGACGCCUCCUCGCUCACCUACUUCCCCGAGCGCUCGGACCUGGAGCCGCCGGCGCUGGAGCUGGGCUGGCCGGGCUUCGCCAGCGGCGCCUUCCGCGGGCUCACGCGGGUGGAGGCUCACUUCCAGCCCGGCUGCGGGGAGAGCAUCUACGGCUGCAAGGAGGCGGUGCGGCGGCAGAUCCGCUCCGCCCGGCAGAUGAUUGCCCUGGUUAUGGAUUCCUUCACAGAUACCGAUAUCUUCAAAGACCUCUUGGAAGCUUGUAGCCAGCGGCAAGUUAAAGCCUAUAUCCUUCUAGAUCAGUCUUCAUUUUCCCACUUUCUAAAAAUGUGCAAGGAUCUGGGAGUUGACCUUGAACGGGAAAAAUUGAUAAGAAUUCGAAAUAUCACUGGGAAGACAUACUACACGAGGUCGGGUGCCAAAAUUGUUGGAAAAGUCCGUGAAAAGUUCAUGUUAAUUGAUGGCAUUAGAGUGACAACAGGCUCCUACAGUUUUACGUGGACAGAUGGGAAGCUGAACAGCAGCAACAUUUUGAUCCUGUCGGGCCCCGCAGUUGCACACUUUGAUCUGGAAUUUCGGAUUCUUUAUGCACGGUCAAAGCCUAUCAACCUCAAAGAGUUAUCCAGCUGCAAGAAGAAUAAAGUGUUGGACCAGCUGGUCAGGAUAACAGUGGCUUCCAGAGACUUGACCAGGGAAAACUUCCUGAGAAUGGAGUUUUUGUAUCUUAGAGCUUUUGUAGGAAAUCUAAAAUGGAAGCGAAGCUGGCUGCAUGCUGCAAGGGAGGCAGUCUAUGUGUCAAAUAAUGCAAUGCAUGCCUCUCCUCCACUGACUAAGAGGAAUGGCUCUCUAGUUAUGAGGCCACACUGGAUCAUAGAGAGAUGAAUUGCACAUUGACUCAGGGCAGGAAGCAGAACCUCAGGAAUCACGUCCAGCUGUCCAUGUCCAGUACUGUCUUACAGUAUGUUUGUGAGAGCAGCUGGGAAACAAACCUCGAACUGAGAGAAAGUGAUACUGGAAUUGUGGGUUUUUUUGAAGACCACUAUAAUGCAGAUCAACAGAUACAAUUAUGGUAUUGUCAGGCUCAGAGUUGUUUAAAAAAACCCAAACACUUUAACAUCUGGAAAGUCAUUAUUGAUUUCUAGUAUUCUGUCAGAUUUUCAUUUUUCAACCUAUUCUUACAUAUUUUAAGAUGAUGGGUUAGCAAUGUCUUAGCUCAGUUGCUCAAACCUUUUUUUUUUUAAGGAAGCUAGGUAUAGAAAAGAAUAUUGCUUAAAAGUCUUCCAAAGAUGAAUAGCAGGACUGCUGUAUGGCUCUGAAAUCAGUCUAAGCUUAGUCUUGUGUUGCACGAACUCUCCGCGAACUGUUUCAUGACAUAGAACUGAAGGGCAGUAACCUUAAUCUAGGAACUAGUAGAUCAGUACCAUGCUACUAGUCCUCAAAUGUCACAUUGUCUUUACACAAAGCUAUGCUGCUAAGCAGAACGAGCUAACAUGUCAGAUGAACAAGGCUUUUGCAGUGACUGAAUUUCAAAUGACCCUUUCUUAAUUAUAAGAAUACUUGGAUUGUUGGACAUCAUGCAAUAAAUGUGUGCAAGGAACAGUAUUCCUAAGACCCUACUAUGUUUGUAGCAGAGCCAAAUAAGACCAUUUUCUUGGCAUUACUGUAUAUACUUUUUGGUUUCUCUAUGGUUGUUACUGCUGUCUGAUCUUAUGGGAAAAAAGUUGAGUAGAUCUGAAAUCUGUGAAGCUGCUGCUAUUUCUCAAAAGCCUUACUUCCACCAGACAUGCAAUAACAUGAAAAUCAUAAAUAGAACCAUUUAUUUUUAAGGUUUCCUGCAAGCUAGAUUUAAAAAAUAUAUCCAUUCAUUUCUGGAGACAAACAGAAAAAAAAAACCCUAAAUGAAUAAACUAUCCCCCCAAACAGUUGUACAUUGAGGCACUGAAAUUCCAGCAGCCUGUCAGUACAGAAACUCUUGUUAGUCCAACCAUGCCAGCUGUGGCAAAAGCAAAGAGACACCAUUUCUCAAGUUGUUCUUGAGGCUCUUGCUACUGCAAAAAACUUGGGUAUAUGCUUGUGUAAGUGUCUUGUGGGUUCUGGGCUUUGAAGGGGAAGGUUAAAACUUAGCUGGGGAAUUUCAUAUGGGUCUAUGCUCCACAUCAGCAGGAUAACAUUAAAUUGGACAUGUGCAGCUUACAAAAAUGGUCUUUAUGGACAAUGCAGUAACAUAGUGAUUAGGAUACAACUAACCUGCGCCCUUUUUCUUCUGCACUUACAUUCAUGGAAAUGUAAUAGUUCUGACUUUCCUAAUCUGUGAAUGUUCAAUAUAUAGUCUUAGCUUUCAUCCAGAAGUAUGUAUUUUUAUUCUUAAGUGUAUUUUCCAUAAAUACAAAAACCAUACAAUGUUGUAAUCCAUGGAAAAUAUUGUUUGUGCAAUCUUAUUUUCACAAUAAUAUCUGUAUAUGUUUUCUCAAAUACAAGUUUUUAACUUUGUUAUUCAUCUCAUUACUUUAGUAGGCAACUCUUUCCAUGUGCCAUUAGUAGGGCUUUUUCUCAACACUUGCUAAUAUACCGAUGAUACAAAA